AUGCAAUUCACUACUACCCUCGUCGCCGCUACUCUGGCCUUAACUGCCUCUGCCGCGCCCUCUGGCGAGAUGGAGGCCCGCGCCGACCCCGUCAAAGGCAGCAACACUCCCGGCUCCAUCUUCCAGUUUGGUGACUACAAGAAGUGCCGCAAGACGUUCCGCGACUCGGGCGCCUGCGGCAUCAGCACCUACUUCAAGAACGUCGACCAGAACAUGCCUCUGAUUGCCCUUCCCAGCGGCUACUUUGACAAGCACGGCCCGUCGGACCAGGAGAACAAGCUCUGCGGCAAGGUCAUCACCUUGACUCACAACGGUGUUACCAAGAAGGCUGUUGUCGCCGACGAGAACACCAGCUCCGAGCAGAGCAUCGACAUGUGCCUCGAGCUCUGGCAGGCCUUUGGCGGCCACGACAACGACGGUACCCUCAUCAAGCCCUUUAGCUGGAGCAUUGCCGUCUAA